CGCGCGUCCCGCUAGCCUGCUUUGAUCCAAACACAGCUCCCCGGCUGGGCCAACCACACCACAAGUCUGGCGAUCAUGCAUCUUGUCGGCGCCUCUUUCGAUUUGCCCGUUACCACUUUGCCGAGAAGCCCAUCUGCAGAAGCAAGGCACCCGGCGAAAAUGACGAUCUCUGUCCGCCCUGCUGUGACUGUGUUGCAUCGCCAUGGAAUAUCGGCAUUGGCCAUGCGACGAGCGCCCGCACCCCGCCGCCGCCCCCUCCGCCGCCCUUCUGUUAGACAGACUAAUUCAUUUAUUAUCUUGACUCCCUGCCUCCGCAAACCCCCCAUCCCCAACCCAGGUGUGCAGUGGAAGUGAAGUGUUGGUUGUGCUGUAGCCUCCCUCCCCCGUUGUAACCUCGCCGACGGACAGAAUAAACGCCACUUGUGCAACGCCGUUGGAACACCCAAAUCAAAGAGGUCCUCACUCUGACGCCACAGGGGCACCAAGGUGAGCUUGCGUUCAACGAUAUUAACCAAGGCAGCACAGCUUCCGACAUCUCUGCGAAGAGGAGCCCACCUCACCGGCAUCCAUCAUGAAAACCUGCCCUCCACCUGCGCUCCUCGCGCUGCUGCUGCCGGUGACGGCCUCAGCCAGUGUCGUCAGGAUACCUGUGGCGAGAAACUCACCUGGCACCAGCCUCUCCACGCGGCAUCACCCGCGCCUGUCACCGCGGGCGUCUUUCACCGAGUCCCUGGUCAACAACAUCACUGGCGGUGGAUACUACGCCAGCGUCUCGGUAGGCACCCCGGGCCAGGAUAUAGACAUGAUCCUGGAUACCGGGAGCAGCGAUGCUUUCAUAGUGGCCGCCGGCGCCGACCUGUGCGAUAGUCAGAGGUUGCAGCUGAUUUACCAGACGCAAUGUGGGCAGACAUUCGACCCAUCUCAAAGCUCUACGUAUAAUGUCGUCGUACCUGGUGGCUUCCAAAUACAGUAUCUGGAUGGUAGCACUGCCUCGGGAGACUACGUUACCGACCAUUUCGAGAUUGGUGACACAGUCAUCGAGUCACUACAGAUGGGUCUUGCCAACCAGACCGCUUCUGGGACAGGAGUCCUCGGGAUCGGCUACACCGCCAACGAGGCUGCCGAAACUCUCUAUCCAAACCUCGUGGAUCAAAUGGUAGCACAGGAAUUUAUACCAACAAAGGCAUACUCCCUCUAUCUAAAUGACUAUCAGUCCUCCACCGGCAGCAUCUUGUUCGGCGGUGUGGACACGGAGAAAUUCAUCGGCGGCCUCACGGUCAUCCCGGUCCUGCCGGACGCGCAGACGCAGAACUUCACCAGCUUCACGGUGGGAAUGACGGCCGUCUCGUACGCCUUUCCCAACGGGACGACGGGCGACGCACGCUUGCAAGGCGGCAGUCUGGACGCGAUCCUCGACUCCGGGACCACGCUCUCUUAUUUCCCGGACUCGGUUGCCACGCCUCUUUUUGAAGCCUUGGGCGCCUUCACCUACAGCUCACUGGGCUCGGUGGGGCUGACCAUGGUCGAAUGCAGUCUCGCCAACUCGGGCCUGGAGCUGACCUUCCGCUUCAACGACAGCGUCUCGAUCGUGGUGCCGGCCGACGAGGUUGUCAUCGACGCGUUCGGGCCCGUGGAGGGCACGAUCCCGCCCGAGAUCCCCCUGAGGCAGCCUUGCCUGUUUGGGAUCCAGAACUCCGGCGACUCACUGCCAAGCGAGGGGGCGCGCCAGAUCGACUUUGCCCUGCUGGGAGACACCUUCCUGCGCAGCGCGUACGUCGUCUACGACCUUGACAACAACCAGAUCGCCAUGGCACAGGCGAACCUCAACAGCACCGACACAAACAUCCAGGAGCUGACCGAGUCGUCGGACCUCUCGUCGUUCGAGGGCAUGGAGCAACAACAGGGGUCGAGCGGCACGUCUGGCGGUGGUAGCUCGGGUACGUUGUCUGUGAGCGGUGUCACAAGCAGCAGUGCUGUUAGUAGCGUUUCUGCCACAAGUGUAGGCAGCGCGACUUCUGGGAAUAGGACAUCGGGUUCGGGCUCGAGUGCGAGUACGGUCAGCGCGGGAGGGGUGAUGACUGCGACGGUCGCAAGCACCAGGGCGACGUCCUGCUCGACUGCGGACUCGGCGCCGUCAAACCACCCCUCUCCUCUGGCCAGUGUCAGCGGGACCGUGCCCAGCAGCAGCCCUGGGGUUCAGCCUGUCUCUGCGACUCUUACUAAUGGUGUAAUAGCUUCUUCCGCGGCUAAUGCGGGCCUGCUGGUGGCAGAUUCGGCGCACGGGGCUCUAUACACGGCUGGGUUGGCAGCAUUGUUUGCUAUUUCUGGAAGUGCAUUGUUUUGUUUGUAGACAGGCAUAUCAAGACUGAGUUGGAUACCAAGGGGGGAGGGGAAUCACAUGGACAGUGUCAGAGUGAAGACGAUAGAUCUGCAUCCUCACAAUCUUUAUCGGGCUGCAUAUGCCCUAGCAAUGUCAUAAUAUGUAAUAUGCCAUUCUCCGAGUCCAAGCCACGAGCGACCUUGUUUGACAUUUUCAGAUCUACAGCUCGACUCAGUCCCGAACAUGGUCAUUGUUGCGCACCUGUCCGCGAAGUUGAGUUUACCACAGGCCCAUGGCCCUUCUCCCCAGGCCUCCCGGGCCUCAAUACCGGGCCCAUGUGUUCAGGGGCCUGUCCAUUCUCGCCAGCGGCCCCGUCAGCACCGCCCUUGAGCUGGCUGGUUACCCCCUCCGCCUCAGUUUCGCCAUUGGCCCCUCCCCCAACCCUCUCACCCAUGAUGCCGUCCCUGUUUGCCCUCCACACGGCACUGCGGUCAUCCUCAAACGUCUCCAGCUUCCAGAUCUCGGCGCGCGCCUUGACCUCCUCCAGGCACUCCUCCCCGGCGUGCCACGCGGCGGCGCGAUGGGGGCUCGACACGGCGAUGAGGAUGCUCUCCUCGCCAACGGGCACGACGCCCAGCCGGUGGACGAUCGCGACUCCCUUGAGCCCAUGCUUCUCCUUCAAGGCCUCGGCGAUGUCGCGCAUCGUCCGAAGUGCCAGUGGUGCGUACGACUGGUAAGCUAGGUUGAGCACCGGGCGCCCGCCAAAGUUGUCGCGCGUCGUCCCCGCGAAGAGGACCGUCGCGCCCGCCUGUGGGCUGCGGACCUUUUCCAUCACGGGCUUUGGGUCGAGGGGGUCGUGGGUUAGGCCCACGUAGAUGCCUGGCGAGGUGAGCGAGGUCUCGCUCGCGUCGGUGGCCAUGGUGGGUAUGCGCCGUGGGUGAAGCCGAGGUGUGUUUUACCGUUCUUCCCCUUGAGACCUGGUCAGGACUAGCCCCGUGUGGCCCGCGAAGCCAAUUGUUCUCUGAAACGGGGCCGGCAUGUGAUGCUCUCUCCUCCCAUGGGCUUCUGAUGGUGAUGUCAGGAUCCGUCGGCGGUCUUGGUGCUGGCUGGUGUCUUUCGCAAAUGAGCGAGUAUUCCACUAGGCAUAUAAAAAUAAGUGGUGUUGUAAAUGGGGGAAAGUCCGCGGUGAUUAGUCUUCUCUCGUCGUGAGAUUAUACAGAAGAUAGGCACAGGAGCCGUCCCGAGAAGGCUGCCGGCACUGUGG